CAGAGGACGAAGCGACUUCUCAGUGGAACUGGAGUUCAUGUCCAUAAUACUCUCGCAUGUCGGGAACAUGAAGACCAAUCGUAUGACAGGUCGGAUGCACAAACACAAAUUUUGGUUGGUCUCUCAGCACCAAGACCCACUGUCGCACCAGCGGAACCCCCACCUAAUCCACCCGAGGAGAGCCACAUUCAAGUGAAUUUGACGGAUUUUUGUAAUGCAGUAUUUGGAACGCCACCUCCACAACUGUCCGAGGCAGCCGAGCGAGUGGUAAAAAGUAGGAAAUUCCUUUCCUGCAGAAAACGAUACAUGGAAAUGUACGGUUUCAAGAAGGACUUGCCUGUGUUCAGAGCGGACCCGGAUAUUCAGCUCAUGCGUCUUUUCAACCUGAUACUGAUCAAAGUACGCGAAUUCGCCUUCGAUCAGCAGUACCUCCACGACAUACACUAUGCCAAGCGUCCCGGGCGAUCCAAGUCAGGUCAGUCACCUUCCUCCAGAUGUCUCGGCGUUGAGGUGCAUACAACGGCGAACGGGAAGCUCAAAUUCGGGUUUUCAAAUGCACUCGUAAUCAUCGAUGUAAACCCCAGCCUUAUUCCUUCACCCUCUUCCGACGCAAGUUCAUGGCGACCCCCCGACAAUCGAACCUCGCCUUCGUCUUCCCCUUACCAUUCUCCCGAGCCACGACAUGAUCACUCUCCAGGAGGAACCAAACGUCAACAUCGCGAGUCGCCACCUGAUAUGUCCGCCGAGUGCAGUCGACAUGGAAAACGACAAAAGCACAACCCCAUUCCCGAAACAUGGUCACCUCCAACCCCCGAUCCUUCUUCGCUCAAGCAGUGCGCUCUUCGUACCUUAUCAGCAAUUGGAAACCGACGCCAUGUUUUGGGGAUUCAUGUCGACGGGAACAUGUUUCAGCUUUGGUAUUUCGAUCGUGCCGGUUCAAUCUGCUCGAGUAAGAUUAGCAUUAAGGACGAUGCAGAGCUAUUCGCUACCUCCAUUGUGUUGUUCUCGCUCGCUAGCAAAGAGCGGCUUGGCUAUGAACCCUUUUUCGAAGCGCCAGCUAGCGUAAAGCGUCGGUCGUGGUUCACCAUCCAGAAUCACGAGAUUGGAGUGGAAGGACAUCGUCUCAGGAUAUUAGGAAUCGUUCAUCCUGCUGCGUCAUUGUAUGGGCGAGGAACGGUCGUGUACGAAGCUCAGCCGAUAGCAGGCUCGAUAGACUUGUCCAGCCGGGUGGUUGUCAAGUGCUCCUGGCAGCUUAUCGCGAAGCACUCUGAAGAUAAACUUUAUCGCUUAGCCAAUCAAAGAGGAGUGAAAGGCUUGGCGACUCUGCACACCUCAUGCACGGUUGCCUUACUGUCUGAGGGUGUGCGUGGUGAUCUCUGUGCAAACCACACUUACCGCGAUCGUGAACUUCGAGUGCAAGUAUUGAGUCCAUUUUGUGUGCCACUUUAUGCGGUUAAGAAUAUAAACACAUUUCAAAUGGCAUUCAUAUCACUGAUAGAAGCUCACCAUGAGCUUCACAAGAAGGCUGGAAUUUUACACAGGGACAUCAGUUUCAACAAUCUGAUGGUUGAUUCCGAUGAUCCUACCAAAGGAAUCCUCAUCGACUUGGAUAUGGCGGUCUGCGACAAAGAUGCCGACACUGGGGAAACUCUCGAUGUACCAGACCUCCCUGGCGGCACUCCGCAUUCCCGAGCCAUAGACCUUUGCCAACCUGAUCCACUGCCUCGGGCCCUUUAUCGUCACGAUCUAGAGUCAUUCUUUUAUGUGUUGUUCCUCAUUUGUUACAAACGUGCAAAUAUCGCCGACCCGGUGGAUUACUUUACGGACUGGAGUACGAGAACAUGGACAGACAUGUGCACCUUAAAAGAGGGGUUCUUAUUGGUUGCCAUAUCGGACCCAGUAACUGAUGCUGUGCCAUUAGGAGCGAGCUGGAUCCAACCUCUCCGGUUGAUCUUUCGCGAUGGCUAUUCAGCAAAGAAUCAAAGACGUCGACGGCGAUUCGUGAAUUCGCAACUACCCCCAUUUGACGAGGAGACUUUAGAUCACCAUGUCACCUACGAAAGGUGUAUGACAAUUCUAAGGACCGGGUCUGCAUAACAGCUGCUAUUCUACCGCACGCUUGAGUGCAGCCACAAAGUUUGUGUAUACAAUAUGGCCGUCUGCCGUUUCAACAUUCGUUUUCUGAGUCCUCCUCUCCAACACAUUUUGACCUCUGGAUAUCAUAUCACCCAGUGCGGAGAGGCACUCUGUCACGCCUGCAUGCGACAGACUGGUUUGUUUACUCAUCUGCAGCGUCUCAAGCACAUCAUGUUGCCCUCUAUCCAGGAAAGCGAAUUUUGAGAACUUGCGAUGACCUACAUUACCCUGCUCCCAUCGUGACACCAUCGCGAACUUGUCGAGGUCGACAAUUCCCACUUUUGAAAUGAUGAUUGACCAAAGGACCCAAAAGAAGGAUUCAAGAUCGUGUCGAUAGAAGCGAGAUGAGCAUUCCUUUUGAAGUAGAUCGACUGCGAGGAAUGCAACGUUAAGCGUGAAAGCACUCUGCUGAGGAUCUUCGGGAGGAUGAGAAACUGG